AUCAACAGCUACCUACUCAUAUAUGUACAUAGUCAAUCCAUGGUUUAUUACCACCCAUCCUGAAGUGCAAGCUGGCAUCAGAGAGAGAACCAGUGGACGGGUCGGAGGAAUUCAUUGCAGGAGUUAUUAACAUCUCACGCCUCCCCCGAAGCUCGCUCGCAUUCAUUACGUCAACGCCGGACUUUCCAUUCCUAGAACAGCUGCAAGCUGGUCAUUUUUAUUUUUCUCACCUCCCAACCCUUUGACGGCCUCCGUUGAACCCGUGACGAGCACACUCGUCUUCUCGGUGCUGCCAUCUUCCAUCGAAGAGCAGAGCAUCUCUGCCGCCUCGCCACCAAAUCCCGACCCUUCGACAAGACAAUGGCGACCCGUCGCUCCGGCCGCCUCCUCCGGGGACUGGGCUACGUGACCGGCGCAGGAGCCAUCGGCGCAGGAACUCUCUACUUCAUCUACCGACCGAAGAACAUCCCAGGCCUCGAAGGCGCCCAGGCACCGCCGCCGACCUACGGCGAAGGAGGCAAAUUCAACCCGCCGAGAUUCCCCCGGGUCAAGAGCAGAGCGGAGCAGAUCGCGGAUCUCAAAGCCAGCGAUGCCCAACAACAACAACAACAACAACAACAACAACAACAAUCCCAGCCGAGCAAGGUCCUCGAUGCCCUCGCGCAAGAGGGGGAGGGUGUCUACGAUCUCCUCAUCAUCGGCGGCGGAGCGACGGGGACCGGGAUCGCGCUCGAUGCGGCGUCGAGAGGGUUGAAGGUCGCGUUGGUGGAGCGGGAUGAUUUCGCGGCGGGCACGAGCAGCAAGAGCACCAAGCUCGUCCACGGCGGCGUGCGAUAUCUCGAAAAGGCCGUGUGGGAAUUGGAUUACAGCCAGUAUGCGCUCGUCGUCGAGGCGCUGCGCGAGCGGAGAUACUUCCUGGACACGGCGCCGCACCUCUCCUCGUGGCUCCCGAUUAUGAUCCCCGUCAACAAGUGGUGGCAGGCGCCGUACUUUUGGGCCGGGACCAAGUUUUACGAUUUAUUGGCCGGCUCGGAGAACAUCGAGACGUCGUAUUUCUUGACCCGCAGUAAGGCCCUGGAGGCCUUCCCCAUGCUCAAGAGGGACAACCUGUGGGGUGCGCUGGUCUACUACGAUGGCGCCCACAACGACUCUCGCAUGAACGUCUCCCUCGCGAUGACGGCGGCGCUCUACGGCGCUACCCUCGUCAACCACAUGGAGGUCACUGCGCUCGAAAAGGAUGCCAAUGGACGGGUGUGCGGCGCAAAGGUCAAAGAUCUGGUCCCUGGCCGCGAUGGCGAAUCAACAAGUGAAUUCUCCAUCAAGGCCAAGGGUGUCAUCAACGCUACCGGCCCCUUCACCGAUGCUAUCCGGAAAAUGGACGACGCCAGCGUGCAGGAGAUUGUGGCGCCGAGCUCCGGUGUUCACGUCAUUCUUCCCGGUUACUACUCUCCCGCCGACAUGGGCUUGAUCGACCCGCACACUUCCGACGGUCGUGUCAUUUUCUUCCUCCCCUGGCAUGGAAACACCAUCGCCGGCACGACCGAUGCGCCCUGCCCCAUCGAUGCCAACCCCAUCGCCGGCGAGAAGGAGAUCCAAUGGAUUCUGAAGGAGGUUCAAAACUACCUGGCACCUGACAUCAACGUCCGCCGAGGAGAUGUGCUCGCCGCGUGGUCCGGCAUCCGUCCGCUCGUCCGCGAUCCGAAGAAAGCCAAAUCGGAAGGUCUCGUCCGCAACCACCUCGUCACCACCUCCGACUCAGGCCUCGUCACCAUCUCCGGCGGCAAAUGGACGACCUACCGCCAAAUGGCCGAAGAGGCCGUCGACGAAUCCAUCAAGGAAUUCCAGCUCAGACCCACCGCGACCCCGACCCCACCCCUCGUCUCCGGCGUGGAAGGCUUCCACGAAGCCAUCACCCUCGACGGCUCCUGCCAGACCCAACACGUCCGCCUGCUCGGCGCCCACGGCUUCUCCAAGACGCUCUUCAUCAACCUCGUCCAGCACUACGGCAUCGAGACCGAAGUCGCCAAGCACCUGACCACCGCCUACGGCGACCGCGCCUGGACCGUCGCCGCUCUCUGCAGCCCGACCGACACCCGCUACCCGGUCCGCGGCAAGCGCAUCUCGGAGCUCUACCCGUUCGUCGACGGCGAAGUCCGCUACGCCGUGCGCCACGAGUACGCGCAAACGGCGGUCGACGUCAUCGCGCGCCGCACCCGCCUCGCCUUCCUCAACGCCCAGGCCGCCCUCGAGGCCCUGCCGCAGGUCAUCGAUCUCAUGGCGGAGGAGCUCGCGUGGAACUCCACCCGCAAGGACACGGAGUGGACGGACAGCGUCAAGUUCCUGGCCUCCAUGGGUCUGCCCGCGAACAAGCAGAAGCUGUCCCGCGAGGACGUGGAGAAGGGACGGGUGGGCAAGUACGAGGAUGAGGAGUACGGGCUUUUCGCGAGACAUGAUAAACCCGACGAACUCCUCGCGACUGAUCUCAAGGCCGGCGACAACCCGGGCAUCACGCCCGAGUCACCGGCGAACAAAUGAUGCGGAAACGUGGACGAGGCAUUCUCCCACAAGUCUUUUUUCUCCCUCUCGUUUCUUUCCGUUUCACAGUCAUGUUGUAUUGUGACAAGGCGUUCAUGUUUUGGUAUUUGUAGGGAUGGCGUGGCUCAUGUGCCUGAUAUUUUCCUCCUGAAGUGAUAUUUAUGGCCAGUAUAGACGAAUCUUCCGGCGGGCACGCGAUCAAUUGUAAUUCCCUCUCAGAAUUCAAAUUGUGAAGCUCAACACAUGGGUUUUUGGGCACAAUGUGACAAUGUGAU